AUGACCAUUUUGCCAGUGAAGAAGAAGCGCGAGAAGGAUUGUACUCAAAAGGCUCCCUCUGCCAGGUAAACUCAAUUAAUCGCUAUUGCCCCUCGGUGUUUGCAGACUCUAGCCAAAAUUUCCAGAAAUACGGCUUGAGUUUGCAAACACCGAGGUGGCAAGAACGAGGGAGAAGUACUUAUGUGCUUACUCUGAAAGUUUUUCAGCGGAAACGAGAUAAGCCGCCCGUCAUCAGGCCAGUCAAACAGUGCUUCGAAGCGGAAUCGUUAUCAGGAAGACGGACCGCCCAGCAAGAGAUGUAGGAAGAGCCACAGCUCUAAACAUAUUCUGAUGUCUAACCAGCUUCAGGGGUCAUGUCUCCGACCAAUCGUCACUCGGCCAGUUCGUCUCCUCGCUACGCGUCCGGAUCGGAUGAGAAGAAGCCGCAUAGGAACUCGCAAGGAAGAGACUAUAACUCGGACGACGAGUACGAACAACAAAACAAACAUUACGAACAAGUGAGUUACCAACAAUUAGCAACUAUAAUUCAGUGAAAAGAGUUUACAGCAAGCCGCUCAAUUGGAAAGUUUAUUGAAGACUCGCGGUCUCAUCAUCAAAGAGAUCGUGGGCGACGGGUCGUGCAUGUUCCGUGCGAUCGCAGAGCAAGUUUACGGGGACCAGGAAAUGCACGGACAGAUCAGGAAACUGUGCAUGGAUUACAUGGCAAACAACCGAGAUCAUUUCGAGCAGUUCAUGACGGAGAACUUUGAGUCAUACGUUGAGAGAAAAAGAGAGGAUGGCGUGCAGGGAAAUCACAUAGAGCUCCAGGCGAUCUCUGAAAUCUUCGCACGCCCUGUGGAGGUGUAUGAAUUUACUCUUGGUAAGGAGAGGAUGUAAACGUCUGAAAACGAGACAAAAUUGCUUUAGAGCCCAUAAACGUUUUGAAUCCUCGUCCGGAGCCUGAUGCCGCCAAUGCUCCUGAGGAGGGUGCCGCAGUGCCGCCGAUUGUGGGACAGAAUCCGCCAUUCCGGCUGAGCUAUCACAAUGGAUCUCAUUACAAUGCUAGUGAGUGAUAUCAUCAUUUUGCUCUCGUAAUACAUUUUCUUUUUUCAGUCCUAGAUCCAAACGUUCCCACUAUCGGAGUGGGCCUCGGAUUGCCCGGAAUGGUUCCGGGUUCGGCGGACAAAGAUCUGAUGAGCAAAGCCAUAAAAUCGUCGGAGCUGGAACACAUCGAGGAGACAAUGCUUCAGGACAAGAUUGGAUUGUCAGACUUUGAAAGGACCGAAGCUGAAAUGGAGGAUCAUAUCGCCCGCGAGUCGCUGAAGUCCUAUUACCAGGAUUUGGAGAAAAAGCAUGACAGUAGCUGUGGAGCAGGACCAUCUACAAGUGCCGGAAACACUUCCUCGUCUACUGGGUUGUACGAGCAAAUGCUGGCUGCUCAGAGCUUGGGUAUAUGAACUAUUCAUUUAUUUGUCAAAACAGAAAAGUUUUCAAGACGGUACGGCUUUCGAUGACGACGACGACGACUCGGCGAUGGCUCGGGCGAUGCUCGCGAGUCAACUCGACUACGUCGGCAGACAGCCGGAGCAGAGAAGCGGCAACGAAGACGGUCCUAGCAGUAGUGGCAGUGGCCCUUCGAACUAA